GAAUUUCUGUUGCAAACACUUUAAAAAGUAUAUAUUGAGCAGAUCUCAGGUAGUAGGCAGUGGAUACGAAUGCAAAAAACUAUAAUUACUCAGAAUGUCUAUCGUUAUUGUCAGCACCACAUCCUUUCAGCGUACAACUAAUCUCAGCGGUGUCGGGAGACUCAGGACUCAUCCUGCUCAGCCAAUUGCUUAUACUCCAGUCGCCUACGGCAGACCUCAAACUUUCAACUCUUUUGCACCUCAAGUGACUGGUAUUCCUGAUAAAAGAGAGGAUAUCGGUGUGCGUGGAGUGGCACAAAAAGCGGCACAGAAUGAAACUCGAGCAGUGAAUACUCACGCUAAAAGUGAAAAUGCAACUGAUAGAGCUAGUAAGCCAUUGAAGGCUCAAAAGAAAGUCAAACAGAAAGACGAGGUUAUUUCUACGUCGAAAGAAGCGUCUGUAAAAAACGUUGUGCAAGCCGAUGGAGUUACACAAAAAGCGGCUACUCGGGCAGUGAAUACUCAGGCUGAAAGUGAUAGAGCUAGAGCUGGUAAACCGUUAAAGGCUCAAGAAAAAGCUAAACAGAAAGACGAGGUCAUUUCUACAUUGAAAGAUGCGUCCGUAAAAAGCGUUGUGCACGCCGAUGGAGUGACACAAAAAGCGGCUACUCGUGUAGUGAAUACUCAAGCUGAAAGUGAUAGAGCUAGAGCUGGUAAACCGUUGAAGGUGGCUCAAGAAAAAACUGAACAGAAAGACGAGCCAAACGUUUUAGAAACUGCUAUAAUUCGAGAAAUUAUGUUAGAAUUAUUCAAGGAGGCAAAGGACCAUCCAACCCCAGCAUUAGAAGAUAGUGCCGAUCCAGAGGAGAUUUCUACAAACCUACAGAAGAGUGUUGAUUUUUGCUGUCAAUCAUGCACUUGCAGCAUCCAUAGCCCGUUUCAAAGAAAGAAACCAGUCGAUUUUGAAAAGAAAGAGUAUAUGACACCAACCCUUCGAAAUGGAAAAGCUAGGGGAAAGAAUAUGUUUAGUCACUUGGCCUUUCCUCUGGUCUUAGAUACUGUGAGAGUUGUUUGGAUUAGCAGUGAGUUUGCUCUAGCCAUUUUUGGCCUCAUUUUCUCCAUAGCAACAUAUGCGACUGGUAGUGUAGAAGCCUUCAACACUUUCCAUUUGGUUCUUUCAAUUGUGGCAGCAAUUCUAGCUAUCACAGAUGGCAUAUACGGUAUGAAAGUGAGUUGCAGUGAGUGUGUGAAAAAUUGUAAAAAUGGUUCAGCCAAAAAUAAAACAGAAGACAUACUAUUAGAGGCAGCUGACGAAACAGGCAAGUGUUGUUGCAAAAGUUGCAAAACCCUUUUUGAUUUUGUUCGUGUGGUUCUAACAGAAGUGAUUUUGGUCCCCUUGCUAAUUUGUGAUAUUUUUGAAGUAGUCACUGGUGCUCCUGAGGUUGCUGGCAAUGCUAGCAACAUUAUUGGUAUGAUACUCUUUGCGAUUGGUGGCCUUACGGUUUUGGUAUAUGUGUAUUUUGCCAGGCUAGGCAUUCUCAUUGGAAUAGUUAAGUACGUUCAAAACGGUCGCUCACCUAGAACUGAUGAUGCUGCAGUAUUGAAAAGCGUUGACUAUGACCCAUCCCUCAAGAAAUACGGUCUAUUCUUUCAGCUAGCAUUUUUGUUGCAUGUUACUGGUCAAAUGAUGGGUCAAGUUCUAAUGUUGAUUGCGAUUGGUGGGAAGAUUCGGUAUGACAACAGACAUUUGUACAAUCCCAGUGACCGUGACACCCGUGUUUAUGCAAGUCCUGAAUUAUGGUAUAUGUGUGUAGCUGCUACGGUUUUGCCUGUUUGUGGAUUGCUUUCGUUCUUUAUUGUAACUAACUUUUGGGUACAAGAAUUUCCAAUAUCUCUCUGCCUCGAUAUGAUAAAGCUUUUGAAAAUGCCAGGUGCUGAUGAGAUUUUCGAUUCAAAACAGGUUGUUAAAGAUGGUGCUAAAGAAAUGAGCAAGGUUAUAUCCAAGUUUAUACGAGUGGACCAACUGAAAACUGACUAUAAUGUAUUGAGUAACACCCGAUUUCUUGACAAACUAAGUUAUCCAUUCAAGAGUCCAGGUCUGAUUAUUUUGUGCUUGCUUUAUGCCGGAGGUCAGCUUGGUUUUAUUAUAUGCGCUGCGACAGCUAAAGAUGAAACUGGUAUGUUAAUGGGACAGGUCUUAAAUGGAGGUGGUUGGGUGGUGUACUACAUAUUUGCGGUUGUUGUUGGGGCUUUGGCAAAUUUGUAUGUUUUUGCUGUUGCUGCGGUUUGGGUGACUAUCAUUUCAGUAAUAAUUUGUAUUGUCAUGUUUUUCAUUGCUUUGUUUUGUCUAGCAAUAUUUUGUGGUGGCAGUAGUAACAACAAUAGUGCAAAGUACUGAAGUGUGCUCACUUGGCUUAUGUUGAGAAGAGAACAAUUUUUAACUUAGUAGAAAUGCACAGAGUAGAUACGUAUAAUUAUAGACUUAGAUCUGUAUCUAUAAUAAUAUGUGUACUAUAAUUAUAAAUGAACAGUUUGUUUUUUUAUACUCCA